CAGGUAAGUUUCUUUUACUACAAUUUACAAACACGCAAAUCUUUUCUCAGAAAGAAAAAAAAAAUGUUUCAUUUCAUAUGCAAAACGCUGAUACAAAAUAGAAUUGUAAAUUCAAAAACCAGUUAUGUUUGUUAUAUCCAUACCAUGCCAUUUCUCAGUUCUGUUUCAAACCCCACAGAGAAACAACCUUUGACAGUCUCUUACCUCAUCAACUCAUGUGGGUUGUCCUUAGAACAAGCUAUUUCAGCUUCUAAAGUUGUCAACAUUAAAUGCACAGACCAGCCAGACUUACUUCUUAAGCUUUUGAGCACUCAUGGCUUUAAAAAAGCUCACAUUGCAAGCUUGAUUACUAAACACCCACCUCUGAUUUUAGCUCAUCCAGAGAAAACUAUAAGACCCAAGAUUGAGUAUUUUGAGUCCUUGGGUAUUACAGGAACUGACCUACCUAUGAUUCUCUCUUCAAAUAGAUACAUUUUAUUGUGUAGUCUAAAGGAACAUAUAAUACCCUCCGUUAAUUUUCUUAGGGGGGUUAUUCAUACCAAUGAGAACCUUAUUUUUGCAUUGAAGCAAUAUUAUGCGUUUCAAGCCAAUAUUAAGAAUGUUAUGGAGCCAAAUGUAUCCACUCUGAGGGCUCAUGGAGUGCCAGAAAAACAUGUUGCAAAUCUCUUGAUGAUGCAUCCUAGGUCACUUAAGUUGAGGGCUGAUUUGUUCAAAGAGGUUGUUUGUGCAAUUAAAGAAAUGGGUUUUGACCCAAUGAGAAUCUCGUUUGUUUUGGCUGUCCGUUCAAUGUCAGUAAUAAGCAAAGUUACUUGGGAAAAGAAAAAGGAGGUUCUUAGGAGCUUUGGUUGGUCUGAAAAUGACUUUCUUUUUGCAUUUAGAUUACAGCCAAGGCUAAUGAUUUGUUCAGAGAAGAAAAUUCGGAAUAUGCUGGUUUUCUUGACAACUAAGGCAGGUCUGAUGCCAUCGGAUGUUGCUAGAUGCCCAUAUUUAUUUCUGAUGAGUGUGGAGAAGAGACUGAGUCCCAGAUGUGCAGUUCUGCAAGUUUUGAUGUCUAAAGGUCUGAUCAGCAAAGAUAUAGAUUUAGUUCGGAAUUUGAAUUAUGGGAAGAGAUUCUUUGAGAAGAAGUUUCUGACUCCAUUUAUGGAAGAAGUCCCUGCAGUGAUUGAGGCAUACCAGGGUAAGAUGGGAUUUCAGGGAUUCAGUGAUUGAUUGUGAGGCUUGAAUCUGAGGGAAGAAGCCCUGAACUAUGUAAACAUGCUGGCAACAGAUGUGGGCUCACAAAUUCACAAUAUAGUUGUUAAGCAGGUUGGAGUGGAACCACAGUCUCCUUGUGUUUUCUAUUUUGGAUUUCAACAAUAUGGUGAGACCAGAUUGGUUUAGCUUGCCAUGAAAUAAGGCUUGUCACAUGGUGACAGUGAUGAUGGUGAUAGAUUUUGAAGAAAGCUAAUGUUGGUGUAUGGUUAGUGGCAGAGAAUAACAAUACAUGUUAGGCCUUUCAUAGCCCAGCAAUGCGUAUCUUGCAAGAUCUCAGCUCUUCAAUUUCCACAGCCCAACUCUCUCCUCAUCAAUGCCACAACUUCUUCAUCUUCAAUGCUCUUCAAUUUUACAUCUACCCACCAACAAUCCAAAUAUCUGCUUCACAUCUGUCUGCCACUCUUUUCUUCCUUUAUUUGGACAAACCCCUACUGGUGAUAUUAGAGGCUGUGAGAGAUCGAGAAAGACAAAGAAAUUGAUGCUGCCACUGUGAGGGAGAUCAGCCGAUUUGUCAGACUCAAUUGCAUUUAGUUGGGUAUGAGUACCCUCUCUUUAUGAAAGAUCAUAUAAUAAGCACAUCUGCAACACAGCUAUGUUCAAAUGAUUUGAGUUUUGGUUGCUGGUUAAAAUGAAAUCCAUUCAUGGCCUUGUUUAGCUUGAAGAAUUUGAGUUUGGAUUGACAGAUAUUGAUAAUUUGGGGAUUUUAAGAUUCAUUUUGCAGCAUGCAGCUAAAGGCUUAAUCAUCAGUCAUCACAGGAAGGAAAGAUUCUCCAACAGAUAAUAGCUAGGAAGGGGCUUUUUGCAAAUAGAGAAUUGUAGUUGGAUUUAGAGAAAUAUGGAGGAUCAAAUUAUGAGGUGUAGUCUGUGAUUUUGAUACUUUGGAGAAAAUUAUGAGGUGCAGUCUGUUUGUGUGUGUGUAUUUUCUGUAUGUGCAGUCUGUCUUUUAUUAGUAUUGCUUAAAAACAUGUUGUAGGGUUAAGAACUUAUAUUUUAUUUAAAUAUGGAAUGAGUUAAGAACUUAUGUUUUAGUAUUA